CCCGCGGUUUCACCAGAUUUUUCAACACUUUUGGUUGGCAGGGGAGAAGAGACGGGAAAAGUACAUUCGUUUCACUUCCUUCACCCACGAACGAGUACACUUGAAAUCAAGACUUGACGUGUCUGAAGGGGGUCUAAGCGUGGUGCACUCUCGCGAAGUUUCCCCAUUCAAAAAAUCGAUUAUCGCACCAUAAAAUAUCGAUAGUCAGGAUAAUAGAUACGAUAUCGACCAUUGCUAUUAAUAGGUAAACGGAGAUGAUUCGGAGAUCUAUAUUUCUCCACUUGGAUACUCCAGCUAUACAUAAUAACGUCAGAUUAUUUACAACAAACUUUGGAAGAUUGUAUUUAAACCACAGGCUGGCGAAACGUUCGGCUGAUGAUGCUGAGCACUCCACCGCAGAGCAAUUAGUGGCUAAGGAUGAAGAAGUAACCUUAAAAGGAGGAGGGAAUGCAGGCUCUACUCUGAGCCAAGCUCUUAAUAAAUAUUUUGGUAACAAUGACUCGAAAACCUUUUAUGUGGGCGAUUCAUCGAAAGGAAAAGAAAAUCUACCCAAUCUUGGUAUCGAGAGCAUAUAUUGGAAGCGUAUCAUUGGUCUACUAGAAGAAAUUUUACACGUCGAUGAAGUGCGUCGGGCGCAGGCACGAGUUAUUGACAUCAAGAAUCAGUUGCAUAGUACUGGCAAUAAGAAAAGAACGAUACAGAGGAAUGUUGUGGAAUUACAACAAGAGCAAAGCAAGCUGUACAAAGAUUUUAAAACAAAUAGAAGUUCAACGCAAUAUAUAGAACUAAUACGAAAGGAAUUCGAU